GCUCUUUAAAACACCAUGUAUUUUGUUAGCUGCAUAAAACCAUAUGCUGCAAGGAAAUGUUGGAAGCGACAAAACAACACAACAGUUGGGCAGGCAGUGGCUGUGGAGCUCAUUCUAACCUUCAUACUGGUUCUCUGUGUCUUUGCCUCAACUGACAGCUGCAGAACCGAUAAUAUGGGCUCCCCAGUAUUACCUAUCGGACUGUCAGUCACAACUGGCAUGGUGGGGGGAAUCUAUUUCACUGGCUGCUCCAUGAACCCUGCACGGUCCCUCGGUCCUGCAGUCAUCAUGGGAAAUUACCAGGAUCACUGGGUCUUCUGGGUAGGACCUCUGGCUGGUGGCAUCACAGCAUCCCUGAUCUAUAAUUUCAUCCUUGCUCCAGAUGCAAGAGGCCUUUCUGAGCGGAUCGAAGUCCUAAAAGGGACCUAUGGACCCGAAGACAAUUGGCUUGAGAAGAAUGAUCGGAGGUACUCAGUGGAACUGGUGGAGAAGUUCUAA